AUGUCGUCAUCAGCAACAGCCACGAAACUCACUGCCACGAGGAGCGGCAGCGAUGCCGGCACCAUGCAGCAGUCGACCAUCUACAAGGGUAUCAUGACACCCAUCAUCUUCGUCUCGUUUCUCCUCUCCCUUGUGUGGGUCGACUUGAAGUACACACUAAAGAGAUCCCGGGAUCGCGGCCACCACCACGGCGGCGGCUGGAUGCCCAGCUGGCUACACAGCAUCGUGUAUCGUCACUCACCGUACACGUACAUGCAGAAGGAAUCCACGACACCGAGUCCCAGCCCCAGGUCGAGUCCCCGGGAGGAGCCGGGCGAGUUCUACUACCACAGCAAGCAGAAGAAGCUGAUGCGCAUGGAGAUGGACGACGCGUUCGAGGUCCGAGGGCAGGUGCUCGUGGUCGUGGGAGCGGCUUCUCUGGCGACGCUCUGGGGUUUCUGGGUCUUGUCGAGCUGGGUCUGGAGGAGCAUGUCACUACGGGGUCUUGUCUUUUGA